AGCAGAGAUAGAUAAAGGAUCACACUAUUUUAUUGGCAACAAAUCAAAUUAUUUAAGUGGAUUUCCUCCCAGUUGUUGUUAGAGCAUAUUUUCUUAGCUUGUUUUUUCUUAUCUGCCACGCUCACUAUUUUCUCAAGGAUUAGCAAUUUUACUAAUCAUUUUCAAGAAAUAUUGAUUUUUUUUUUUUUUUUAGUAUUAACCUCUCAGUAUCCGGUAAUCACAUUGGAUCCUGAUUAAUCCAGAAUUAACCCGCGUCGGACCCUAUUAGGAGAAAGUUUUAUCAAUGCCUGUUUCUCCAUUCACAAGAUUAGAACUCGAGAUUUUACUUAAGAUGAAUCAAAUUUCUUUCAUUCAAAUCAACAGAUCGUAAGUAGAAAUAUUGAAUUUAUGAUAUAGGUUAGCAACGUGUGUCAGGUUGAAAAGUUAAAGUUGGUCAAUAUAUUCCUUAGUAGACUGAUCAUAAGAAUUCUUUGGAUUUCUCUUCUUGCUAGUUGUGCAGACAAAUCUUGAGGUGGAUGAGUUAUUGACCGUGGAUGUACCUUGCAUUGUCGCCCUUACACCCUCAGUGGCUGUCCAAAUUAAAUACAACGGUCCCAUGAGAAGGGCAGUUUUCGGGGGUGACAAUUUGGUUCCAGCCGUACUAACAGGACCCGGCAUUGUCUUCAUCCAGAGUCUACCAUUUCAUCUGGCUUUCUCAGAGAAAAAUCACUAGGUAAAACCUGGUUCUGGUAUCAUAAAUAAUACUCAAACCAGCACCAUUGAAACAUUUUUUUUUUCUCUACCAUUAGUACUAAUAAUCAUCUUGGCUCAACAAAGUGAUUGUGUUCUGGCUUGCAAGGCAGUCACGUCUCCAAACAUGAGGGAAAAUCCAAAUAUUUUCAUUCAGAUGGCCAUUUUCAUUUUCAUGGCAUAUGUUGUAAUUGUAUCUUCAUUAAUAUUGAUGGAUGUGUGAUUAUUUGAAGGAACAAUAGUACAGUGAUUUUUACUUUUAUUUUUGCAAUGCUGAAGUAAAUUUAUAGCUAUUUA